AGCAGAGAGACACCGGCUAAAGCAGAGCAGAUUUAACCUCCUAAAACCAGUAAAAGAGCGGUGUUAAAUAUUAAUGUGGAGUUUGUCCCGCUGUCAGCAUGGGUCAUCGUGUCGAUGAUGUCAUGAAGCUGUGUUGUGAGCUAUCGGCCAAUCAGCAGAUCCAGACCACGGUGAAGGGAUCAGGGAAGGGGGCGGCGGCGGCUGGGGGUCUGGCCUUCGCUGGAGGACUGGUCGGGGGUCCUCUGGGUAUCGCAGUGGGUGGCGCUGUCGGAGGCCUGCUGGGCUGCUGGCUGACCAGCGGGCAGUUCAAACCUCUGCCUCAGAUCAUCAUGGAGCUCAGUCCUCAGCAGCAGCAGAAGCUCUACGACGAUCUCGUGGCCAUCCUGGGAGACAUUCAGUGGACGGACGUGGCUCAGCUCACGGCUUUAGUGAUGGGGAACGCCGCGCUGAAGCAGCAGCUGACGGGCGCCCUGCUGGCGUACGUCACCAAGGAGCUGCAGGCAAACGUGCACUAUGUGGACUAACGACCUCCCUGAGGAGGAGGAGGAGCUGUUUUUAAUGAGGCCGCAGAGACUUUUAAUGAAACCGGGAAACACUGGAGGACAGCACAGACGUGGAGACUGGGAACACUGGUUCAGAGGUUGUCAGACUUUGAUGAUGACACAGGUAAAAAUCAGACUGGUACCUGUUUGAUGCCACAGCAAUGACACAGAAGUCCUGGACUCACAGUGACUGAUUUCUUUUCUCAUCUAUUAAAAAUCCAACAAAUUUUUACAAAAACAUGGCACACACAAUCAAAGCUCCUGCAUCCAUCGACAUUUUUACAGACACUGGUAGUAUUUUAGUGAAAAAGUGCAGACGGACUCCUGAGCAAUGUUUAAAUGCACAAAAACACUGGAAACAUUCCAGUAUAGAGAUUGAUGAAAGUAUUGGCACCCCUGGAACUUUUCCAGAAAAUACACCAU